UCGGCUGCGUUGAGAGAUUGGCGGGCGGAUGUUGUGUCGUCGGGCGAGUUGGCGAGUUCUGAGAGGUGCGGUAGAGUCGUGCGGGUGCAGGCGGCACCUGGGGGGGCAGGCGCGGGGCAGUUUCGCGGGGAGAGAGGCGCGAUUGCCUGAGAGGUGGUGGGCCGGCAAGCGCGGAGAGAGGCCGGUGGGGGUGGGCCAGUGGGAGUCGGCGGACGGCGCGGUUCGAUUUCGAGGAAAACACAAAAGCAUUUUGCGGCCGAAUUGUUUAGAUCGUAAAAUGUCUUCUGCCCCGAGUCGCGAGUUGCUCGAGUCGUACAGCUCAUCCGUUUACAGGACGCGUCUCCCAUCCGAGGCCGUUGCGGACCUGCUGGUCGGGUUUCCCUGUCCGCGGGAGAUAGACUCGGCCUUCGAUGGGUACCAAGCGUCUGAAUGCAUAUGGAUCACGGCGUACAACCCCAGGAGUCGGCAGAUGCCGCAGCAGGUCAACGAAGAGGCCAACCGAAGGCUGCUGAAGGCGAUAGAGAAGAGAGGGUUGCAGUGCCUCGAGUCAGAGUCCUUUUCGACGGAUGGCACGUGCGAGGGAGAGGCCGGAUACUUGGUGUUUGGCGCGGGAGAGGAAGUGGCUCAGGAGCUCAUGGAAGAGUUCGACCAGUACGCGGUAGUCUACUGCAGACGAGGAGAGAGUGCCAAAUUGGUGAUGAAUUCUAAGAUUUGUUCCGGUCACUGAGUACGGCUCCGCGAGGCGCUGGGAGGCGCUAAAAAAAAAUAAAAGCCUGCUUGCCGAAAGCGACCGCACUUUGUUUUCUGCGAGAGAGAGCUAUGGUAGUGGGGAGAGAUGGAUGCCAGUGCGUUUUCCUGCCUAGGAAAUGAAGAGGUUGUUGGUAUAGCCCUGCGGUCUCUGAUUUCCGGCUUGACGGCGUACGUGGAGCAGUGCACGUACCAGUACUAUGGAUACGAGCAGGGUAAUUUGAAGAUACAGGCGCACAUGGAGUCAAGAAAGAGGGGUCCUGGGUUUUCCAAGCCCCCGGACAUUUUGGAUGUGUUGUUGUUUUGCUUGUCGUUCUGGCACGCGUUCGAGUCGACUCCGUUGGCGCCCCUCAAGAACAACUUGUACGAAAUAAAGGACAUUCGGAACCGGUGGGCGCACCAGGAGGCGAUUGGCGAUUCCGACACGUUUCGCUUGCUGGACUCCGUCGAGAGGGUGUUGGGCGUCAUUCAGUACUCGGGUCGCGGUUCGGGCGAGGACGUCCAGGACCUGCAGCGGGUUUCUUCGAUGAAGAGGAACCACAUCUUGCGGAUGGCGAGCAGGGUGUCCGAGUGCGGGUGAGCCGGCCGCGAA